UUUUUGUUUAUGCUGUGUGACAUAGUCCGCGAAAGACCUAUUUUAUCCUUUUUGUACAGAAUUGUAUCAAUUUAUUGCAUAUAAAAUCGAAGGAAAUCGCUAAAUAGUGUCUGCAGAACAAUAUAUUAUCGGUCUACAAAGUUUGGUGAAAUCAUUUUGUUAUGUGCGUUAUCUUUCAAUAGCCGUGGACGAUGUGUUCAGUUGCGCUAUGGAGCAUGUCGAAUGUAGUCAAAUGGUUCACAGUCGUCAGUGAGUGCGCUCCUGCGUCUAAUGUUGUUUGUUUUGACUCCGGUCACUGAAGUAAACAGUGUACUCGGACCGAAUCAACGACAGACAAUGCUCAAUUGAAGACAUACCCGUUUUUCUAAAAAUAUUCUAGUCUUCAUUCUUCCAUUUACCUUCAAGUUUACGUGUUUUAGACUAUUAGAAUUUUAGUCAUUUAGUGUGUGGGACUUGGACUGAUAACGUGAAAAUGUUCAGUAAGCAUUACGAGACAAGGCUGCUGCAGCAGUGCAGCCCCUUGAGCAAGAAGCAGUGCCUCAGAUUCCCAGCAGAUCACACAAAUGGGGACAGAUUUACGCCGUGCAGAGCUGGAAACAACUGGCAGACAGCAUUUCAAGCAAUACACAGAGGAACAGAAAAUCAGCCAGCAAAGAAAGCCCGAGGCGACGGAGGCGGCGAUAACAGCAGCGGGGGUCGGGAUCAACACGCGUACAACUGUCUCCUGCAGAACGAACUCCUUGGAGCACAGAUCGAAGAGGUCCGAGGUCCUGCAGCCACCUGCGCUGACGGCAACAAGGCCAGCUUAGGAGCCACGCAGACCCCGAAAUCCUCACAGGCGUAUCUACCCGUGUACAGAUUCAAUGCCCAGAGUCAUAAUGCUGCGGAGAACAUCGACCCUUCACCGUACAGUUUAUCACCAAUAUCAGCAAAAUCUGAGAAGUUACUGCGAUCGCCCAGAAAGGCUACCAGGAAGAUAUCAAGGAUCCCGUUCAAGGUGCUCGAUGCGCCCGAAUUGCAGGACGACUUCUAUCUCAACCUGGUCGACUGGUCUGCGCAGAACGUACUCAGCGUUGGACUCGGGAGCUGCGUGUAUUUGUGGAGCGCUUGUACUAGCCAGGUGACGCGGCUAUGUGAUCUGUCUUCGGAAGGUAACGCAGUGACGUCAGUCGCGUGGAGUGAACGAGGGCACUUGGUAGCGGUCGGCACGCAGAAGGGACACAUCAGUGUUUGGGAUGUAGCUGUUAACAAAGAGGUAACCAAGCUUCAAGGUCACAUCGCUCGUGUCGGUGCUCUGGCGUGGAAUGGAGACAUCCUCAGUUCCGGCUCCAGAGACAGGCACAUCCGGCAGAGGGAUACGAGGACACCACCGGUGCAAGCUUCCCGCGUCCUCCAAGGUCAUAGACAAGAGGUGUGCGGUCUCAAAUGGUCGCCGGACGGGCAGUCGCUGGCUUCCGGUGGCAACGACAACAAACUCUUCGUAUGGUCUAUGCACUCGACAUCCCCCGUCCAGACGUACUCCGCGCACGUGGCGGCGGUGAAGGCCAUCGCGUGGUCCCCGCACCAGCACGGGCUGCUGGCCUCGGGCGGCGGCACCGCCGACCGCUGCAUACGCUUCUGGAACACGCUCACCUCGCAGCCCAUGCAGUGUGUCGAUACAGGCUCUCAAGUAUGCAACCUGGCGUGGUCGAAGCACUCCAGCGAGCUCGUGUCCACGCAUGGAUACUCACAGAACCAGAUCCUCGUGUGGAAGUAUCCUUCCUUGACGCAGGUUGCAAAACUAACCGGUCACUCAUACCGCGUCCUGUACCUCGCCCUAUCCCCGGACGGCGAGGCGAUAGUCACGGGCGCCGGCGACGAGACCCUCCGCUUCUGGAACGUUUUCUCCAAGACACCCUCACACAAAGAGAACAAGAGCGUCCUCAACCUAUACACGGCACUUAGAUAAACUUAUAUUAUAUAGCACCUAUAUAGAUAACAAUACGUUUUGUAUAUACUAGUUUUACUUCACUUUUUAGGUUAUGUAAAAGAUUUCGAAGUAUUUUUUUUGGGUGUUAAAAUAAGCUGGACUGUUCGUUCAUUUGUUUGUGUAGUUGAUGGCUCAUUUGUAUAACUAAAGUUAGAUUUUUAAGUGAUAUAGGACUAUAAACGGUAGUCCUAUAGCCUCUUCGAUAAACUAAAUGUUAAUGCAAAUGACCCACCGAACUAAACGAAAAGUUUUAUACAUAAUGUACACUAAUUUGUGUAUAAUUUAUACAUAUUACAUUGUAUAUUUGAUUUAGAUAUUGGUUGUACAUAGAUUUCUGUACAGAUUACGAUGUUUUGCGGUUCUUUGAUAGAACUGUGUCGAGUCGAUUAUAUGUUUCUAUGUAUUUACUGUUACAGAGUGCAGAUUAAAGAUGGUCUGUAAAUAAACGGGAAAAAUCUGUUCAUAUUAUCAUAAAACUGUGUUUAUCAUUCGUAUGCAAUGCAAAAAGCUUGAAAUUAACAGUUUUGUGGUGAUAUCAAUUAUAGUUAUUCAUGAAAAAGCGUUAUAAAGUCAAUAAAUUAAAAUAAUAAAAUUGUAAUAUUCAAUAAUGUGUCCAAUAUAAAGGUAUAUAACCAGACUGCUGGGCAGGUAGCGACAGAUCUUUUCUCUGCACUCUUAUUUUGUGUCAUUUGAGCAUAGAGGCUUGAUAAUAUACAAUCAACUUUACAGAACAUGAAAUUAAGUUAAAAAUACACUAUUCAGGCGUUUAGUGCAUUUUUAGUUUAGUAUCCGAGACUAAGGAUAGAUGUCGCUAGCGUGACGUAAGGUUUGCGCAGUUGUGAUAAAAUGAGUUCUCAAUGCUGUCUUGCUCGCUCGAGCACGUAUUACCUGGUUAGAGCGAGAUAGCAUAUCUUGAACUCCAAAUAUCCUGUGCAGUUUGUAAUAUUAGUCACGCCUCUAUCUCUAAAAUAAUUUUGACUUAACAAAAGAAAAUGAAAUAAAACAACUAAUUUUUAGAAAGCUUUAUUUAAAUUUUGAGACUUAUACUUAUGAAAAUAACGUUCAGAAUCGUAAAUUGAUUUCGUUUUGAGUUUGUAUACUAUGAUUAAUGAAAACCAUUGUUUUUUUUUUCUGUUCCAGCUAUUUUUAAUACGACUAUGUUUCUUUAAAAGCGAUUAUAUCGGUUUUAUUCGAAUUUCGGUCGUUGGUACGAGAUGAUGAGGAAUAGUAACAAAAAGUGUAGGCGAGAAAUUCAAAGAGAAUUAAUUGUACGGAAGUACUAACUUAUACAGCUAAUUUUGUAGUUUUAGUCGUUAAUGUAUAGAUAGAAAUGGAAUCGCAUUUAUUAAAUGUAAAUCUUAAGUUUAUCACACUAAUUAGAGGUGCCUCUUUGAUCUCAUUAACAACUUACGAUCUUGAUAUGGCAACACUUUUUUUUUAUAACUUUUUCUUCUUAACCUUAUUUAUUAUUCCUUCUGAAUAGUUUAUUAAUAUUUUAUUUUUUUAUAAUUUAUAGUGUUUUUUUUUGAAGAAAGUUGCAUAGAUUUGCUCAUUCCUAUAAACGAGUCGCGUGAAUCAUUAUUUAUGAAUCCUAUAUAAUUUUGACAAGUCUAAGCAACUAUUCUUCAA